GGCCGGCCGAAAAAUUCUUUCGGCCCGGCGACGCCUCGGCCACAAAUUUUUUUCGGCCGGUCGCCGAACACGCCGGCAAAAAAUUUUCCGGCGACGUGUUCGUCGGCCGGCCGAAAAAAAUUUGCGGCCGGAGCGACGUCGGGCCGAAAGAAUUUUUCGGCCGGGCGUCGCACCGGCCGCAAAUUUUUUUCGGCCCGGCGGUGCACCGGCCGCAAAAGUUUUUCGGCCCGAGUAAUUGGGUUUCAUGCUUCCCACACAGCCAGGGGCACACGGCCGUGUAGCUCACCCAGCCUGGCCGUGUGAAGCCUCGCAGAAUUCCACAGGGCCAAAGUGCAACUUCACAUGGCCGUGUAGCUCACCCAGCCUGGCCGUGUAGCUCACUUAGCCUGGCCGUGUGAAGCCUCGUAAUAUUCCACACGGCCAAAGUGCAACUUCACACGGCCGUGUAGCUCACCCAGCCUGGCCGUGUGAAGUCUCGCAUAAUUCCACACGGCCAAAGUGCAACUUCACACGGCCGUGUGAGUUGUGUGUGUGCCUCCAACUUCACACUUCCUCCAACUUCACACUUCAGUAGAUGCAUACCGCCAGGUCGUUCGAGUUAGACCGGUGUUUCCCGUUUUUGGCCAAAUCCCGGCGGAUAGCUGGCGCCCGGAUAGGAUUCCGGGUCCAGGUCGGGUCCGGGGCGAAACUAUGCCCCGAAAUCAUCCGUAUAUAACAGCGGCUUAGGGUAACCCUACGGGAUUUUCUCCAUUAGUCGACCUCUGGGGCCGAUCAAUACUCGCCAAGUACGCUGCCAGCUUUUCCCUUUCACUCCCGACGUAAGCGCUCAUUUGCUCCCAAGGUAUCGUCUCUCGAUCUCUCUUUGCUUCCACGAACAAGAUUUCUUCAAUUCGUAAUCGUCUCGAUCUCUCUUUGCUUCCACGAACCAGAUUUCUUCAAUUCGUUUCUCUGAGAUCCUAAGUUUUGACUAUGGCAGUCUGUAUACUUUCUCUUCUGGUUUGCUGUACUCAGCGUAGAAACUUAGAUUUCUUCAAUUCGUAAUCGUCUCUCGAUCUCUCUUUGCUUCCACGAACCAGAUUUCUUCCAUUCGUUUCUCUGCGAUCCUAAGUUUCGACUAUGACAGUCUGUAUACUUUCUCUUCUGGUUUGCUGUACUCAGCGUAGAAACUUACAUAGCAAUUUGUUAGCUCGAAUUCCCAAAUUGGUAAUCUGAACCCCGAUUUCCCCCAUUUUCUUGAUCAAUCACUCACUGCUAACAACGAAAGACCAGCUUAAGCAGUGGGGUAAGAUUGGAAAUGAUGCAUGUGUGGUCUGAUGCCCGAGACUUGAUCUCAAUGUUCUUUCAAUGUGGUUUUUGUGCUAAAGGAUAGUCUUCAGCUGGUACAUAUAGCAUGUGUUCCUUGUUAGGGUUUGAGGCAUACUUAAAUUGCAGUGUUAGGAGGUUCAAGGGGAAGAUAGCCUCUGCCAUACUUGGGUGAGUAUUGAUCGGCCGCAGAGGUCGACUAAUGGAGAAAAUCCCGUAGGGUUACCCUAAGCCGCUGUUAUAUACGGAUGAUUUCAGGGCAUAGUUUCGCCCCGGACCCGACCUGGACCCGGAAUCCUAUCCGGGGGCCAGCUGUCCGCCGGGAUUUGGCCAAAAACGGGAAACACCGGUCUAACUCGAACGACCUGGCAGCAGCAGCAUAGUUGGGAGCAAGUGCCACUAUUUUCUUUUACAGUAAGGGAAGAAAGAGCCACCAUUUACAUGGAGUCUUGAAUUACCUUACAACCAUUCCAUCAACCAUGUUUCCAAUACUGGUUCGUGUUGCUCUGAGGAAGAAGCCUGCAGCUGCAUCAUCUUCGAUUUGGUCCCUCCACAGAGUACUAUUACCACCAUCACUGACCUCCAGCAAUCACCAUUAUCAUCAUCAUCACAAAAUCAACCUAACCUCCGCAGAAACCAUCAAACCGUCUUCCCCAACUCCCGCCGAACUCGCCACAUUCAAGCUCUCCCUCUUCGACAACAUAGUCCCACCAAUUUAUGUGCCUCUCAUCUUCUUUUUUCUUCCUGCUCCCGGAUCCACGGGAUCAAAACCCGCAGGGGAGGGAAAUUUCGAGACCCUCAAGUCCUCACUCGCCCAGACCCUCACGCGCUUCUACCCACUCGCCGGCAGGUUGUCCAAAUCCGUCGUCCAUUGCAACGAUGAGGGCGUGCCGUUCUCUACCGCCGCGGUCAACGAUUCCUCUAUGGCUGAUUUUCUCAGGAGCCGAAUCGAAAUCGACUCGCUCCAGCGGUUCCUCCCUUUCCCCGCCGAAUGGAUCUCGGACCUCGAAUCGGUGCCGCAGAUCGCCUUCAGGGCCACCGCUUUCCCCUGCGGCGGCCUCGCAAUCGGUGUCUGCUCGCUGCACAAGAUCGUAGACGGCCCCACUCUGGCCGAUUUCAUGAGGCUCUGGUCCGCCGUCGCCAGGAGCCAGGAGAAAACGGCGGCGGCGGCAGUAGGCGGCAGCGCGUACGCUCACAAUCGCGCUGCCACGUCACUCCUGCCGCUGCGGCACGGCGAUGUCCCCGCAACCGCAGGGGAUUUUGUGGCCCGACAAGGAGGGAAGAUCCGAACGAGGAGGCUCACAUUCGAUGAAGAAGCGGUUCACGCGCUGAAAGCCAAAGCGAAGAGCUUUGAGAUACCCGACCCGACCCGGACGGAGGCGGUUGCUGGGUUUUUGUGGAAAUGCGUGAUGAGUGCAGCGGCCCGAGCUGCGUCGGCAGACGGGGCAAAACCCAGAUCGGUUGUCUCAAUCGGAGGAAUGUCGGUUAACCUCCGAUCUCGAAUGCAUGAGCCAUGGCCAGAUUACUCGAUCGGCAACAUGAUCUGGACGGCUAUGUCGUUGUACCACAACGAUCACCAACAAGACUCUUUAGAUGAUGGAACAAAAACACUGCAAGAGCUGGUCCGCAUAUUGAGAGGAUCGGUUGCGAAACUUGAUAAAGAGCUUAUGAAAAAGUUACAAGACGGAGAUGGGAGAGAAGAGUAUCUGAGGAAUCUGGAAGCAUUUUUUAAGCCGGCAACGGUCGCAGAUGCUGCUGCUAAAAACGAGAGUAUAAUAAGGCCAUUCACAAUAACUUCCACGAUAGCACUGGGAUUCUACGAUGUUGAUUUUGGAUGGGGAAAACCUGAUUGGGUCACCAUGGCUCAAUUCCCCAACCCGAUCCCGAAUUUGGCCGUUUUGUUGCAAUCCCCCGGUGGAUAUGGUGCUGAAGUUUGGCUGACCUUGCAUGAAAAAGAGAUGGUCAUACUGGAACAAGAAGCUGAGUUUGUUACUUAUGCUAAGAAUAAUAUGCCUGUACUUUGAACAUUGUAUGGCCCCGGCUACCUAUUCUUCUCCUAAAAAAUCUUCCAACAUUAGAAGAGUUGUAUCAAAUAAGUAAAAAACCUAUAUUGCUUCUAACCGUUGGGUGUUAUAUCAGAUAAAUGCGAUGUGCUGUC